GCACAGUUUCGAACUUGAACUUUUGGCGCGCUGCGAGCCGUCCACAAUAACUUCUUUGGAUGUUUUGUUUGUGUUUACCGAUGUUUGACAGACAUCUGCAUGGAAUUGGAUAUUAUCAAUGACAAGUUCAUAUCCUGGAGUUAAACUCUCCUCCAUUAAUGGACACCUGAUUUGUGGACUGUGUGGUGGUUAUCUAAUAGAUGCGACUGUUCUUACAGAAUGUAUCCAUGUCUUCUGCAGAAGCUGCAUCCUCAAGUAUUUAUUGGAGCACAAAAUUUGUCCAUUAUGUCAAAGUUUGGUACAAGAAACCAGACCUGGCCAAGCCCUCCGUCCCGAUGUCGCUUUACAGCGGAUUGUAUAUAAAUUGGUCCCGGGUUUACUGAAGACUGAGAUGAAAAGAAUCUCGGAAUUCAAAGAAUUGUAUUUAAAAGAGUUGUCCUGCACAGACAAAAUGGUUUGCACCAAGGAAAUUCUCCCCAAAAACUGCAUUCCGAGUAGCACUGCUAGUUAUAGCAUUUCAGAUCUUUGUUCUUCACCCCUUCCAACUGCACUUGCAACUCGAUCGCUUUCUAAAAGUCCAUGUGGACUUGUUUCUUCAACUCAUGCAACUCAAAUGCUUGUUUCCAACCGUUUACCAAAUUCUGCCGCAUUUCUAGUAGCAGAUGAUGAAUUUGUGAGUUUGGCUCUAAUACAUUUAACAAGUUUUCCGUCAUAUUCAAAGAUAUCUGAAUCGGUAAUUUGUAAACGUCACGACAGUUUCAAAUUAGCUUCAAAAAGUGAAUCUAGUCGUUCCCAACCCCCUUCACCACUUUCUAAUGAACAGUAUUCUAACUCAAUAUAUCUUUUAUGUCCGGCUGUAGUAACUGUCGCUAACCUCCAUCAUCUAUUGCUAUCCAAAUAUCAACUUGAUCCUACCAGGCAAAUUGUAGAUUUAUACCUCGAUGGAGAAUGUUUAGAACCAUCUCAUAGUCUGCGUGAAGUAGCAUUUCUAUAUUCAUUUCCCACGCGAAGUCAGUGUAUGUAUUUGCAGUUUGUUUUUACAGAAGCAUGUUCAGCUUGGUGGGGGACGCCGAUGCCACAUCUUGAGCGACUACAGCCAAAACGUCCUAAUACUUCUUUCAAAGAUCACUACACCGACUCUAAUUCCAUAAAUAUUUGCCUCUCUAGCCUCAAUCAUGCUACUAAAUUGUGCCAAACCUCAAGUAAACACAGCAAAAGAGCGUCGUUUUAAUGGUGCAUUUAUAAAAGCUCUAGUGCAUUACAUAACAUGUUUGUAUAUUCAUGUGUCUUUGUAUAAAUUUAUGAAUUGAUUAUUGUUUUGUGUAUAUAUGUAACCAGUACCUACUCAUUCAGGAAAUUUAUUGUUUUAUUUACCUUACAAAGCCUUUAUUUGGACUAUAUAUUUUAUCAUGUAAAGUCUGUAUUUGUUGAAAAACUGAUUCUUUAUGAUAAUUUGUAUACAUAUUUCAUUUUAUCUUACCUCUCCAAGUGCUAGUAUACAUAAAUAUGACGUGAAUAAUUGGACUAAUUAUAUUGACUAGAUUACUUCCAGUUAUCAUUUUGCAGAUCAAAACACCACUGCUCCAUUUGUCUUUCAUUUUUUAAAAUAUAUUAUAGUGGACUGAAGCAUUCAUUGCCUACAUGUAUAUGUAUGAUUUCACUUUUCCUUCUUGAAGUAUACCUUAACCAUUCUGGUCGAGAGAUUUACUUAUAUAUUUCUGUAUAAAUUUGAUCACAAAUAUAUAGAUUUUGUC